AUGAACCAAAACAUAAAACAGAACCUCGCCACAAUAAUUCAGCUACACACUCUGUGUCAAUUCGCAGUGCAUGACUUUGCAAAACUAAUACUGACGAUCCAACUGGCAGACUUCCAAAUACCUGAACCAUACCCCGAAUUCACCACAUCGCUCAAUUCUCAAGUAUCCACUGUGGGUCACAAUAUUUCCAAAGCUCGUAAUUUGUUAAAAGUCAAUUGGCUCAUCAUCCAAGGGAUCACGGUAGAAGAAGACAAGUUGGGAUUCUUAGUCGAAUACGAAAAGUUCUCAUGGCGAUUCAAAGAUUUGCAUGAGAAAUUGAAUGAUUUGAAAUUGGAGAUCUUUGAUUUAUACCAAAAUAUUUUGAAAUGUCAACGCCGCCAGAAACUCCAAAGAUUUCAACUCAAUGAACAACAGCAAGAACAAGAACUGGGAAGCAACAACCAGAAUACAAAUGAUUUGUUCGCUGGUAGAUCACAAACAUCACCAACCACAGACUUGGCGUCGCUCUCCACUAAUCAAAAAGUGCUUAAGACUAACCAGUCCAUUACCCUGGUGCUUCAAUCCACAUAUUCCAUGAUGGAAUCCAAUGUAAUAAAUAGCGAUCUCCUCAUUGACACAUUUUCCGAAUCGACAAACUCGUUGACAAAACUUUCUGAUCGUUAUGAAUUCUUAUCCACCACCUUGCUAUCUUCGAAAAAUUUGGUCAACGAAUUACAAAAGGCCGAUAGCUCGGACUUGAAACGAAUGAAGAUGGCAUUGGCAUUCUUUGCCGCCUGUUGUUUUUGGGUUAUAUGGAGACGGGUGUUGAAAUACCCUGUGAAAUUCUUUAUUUGGAUCAUUUGGAAGACGUUUGUUGGAUCACUCUAUCUAUUUGGGAUUCUUUCUGGAGGUUCUGAGGAGGCAGUUGGAAAGGACGGAGUAUCAUCAACAAUCGAUGAUGUAGUUGUUGAAGCGACAACUUCUAUCGUGGAGAAGGUAAGUGAUACGGUGGUGGAAAUAGCCCUGACAUUGAUAAAUGAUGAAUUGUGA